UUCGACAGUUUCUUAUAAUACUUUCACCAUCAAGCUAUUCUCGCAGUAAACGGCAAUACGCGCGUGUGAAUAUAUCGAUGAAACGAUCCAAUCAACUUUUCAGUUUCGUAAUGAAACAUAUCAUAGUCGCCGCUUUGAUUAACGUUUGCUUGGCAGACGUAUCGCAUAUUUCGGAAUAUUCGUCAACGACACCACUACCACCUCCGAAACCAUAUAGUUUUCAAUAUGAGGCGGGACGAUAUCCAGGACAUAUUGAUCGUGUUCAUCAAGAAACUGGAGAUGGACAUGGAAUUGUACACGGAACAUAUUCGUACAUCGAUCCAAAGUACAAAGUACGAACAGUGGAAUAUACAGCCGAUAAAAGUGGAUUUCAUCCUGCUUUAAUCAAUUUUGAGGAUACUUUUGCUCAACCUGCCGAUUCGGAAGCUGUAAGAUUGGCUAAAGAAAAACAUUUCCGUCUUUAUCACAGGAUUGCAGAGGCAAACGCUCAUAAUGUCCCAGUCAAUUUACCACGAGAUUCAGCGAGCGUGGCAAAAGCGAAGGACAGGCAUAAUGAAUUGUAUCAUAGAAUCGCGGAGCAACACGCGGCGAUCGCAGCGCAAAGGGAAACUGAACGACUGGCUUACGAGGCAACUUCCGUUGCCAAUGACGUAGAUGAUCAUCAGACGUGUUAAUGAUGUUUUAUACACGUAUUGACAUUACAAAUUAAUGCAUAUUGCAUAUACGUGCUAAAAAAAUUACGCUUCGCCCGAGGCCCGCAAUUAAUGUUCGCUAAAAUUCUUUUUUAUCUCUUUUUUGUCAGGAUUUUUUAAUCAAUUUAAUUUGAAUGAUAUAGAAAAAGUGUCCGCGCGACAAAAAAAAACGAUUGUUAAUUAUAAUAUAAUUAAUUUAAUUAAUGAGAUAUUUUUAAUCAGGAAUAAUGCAAACCAAGUGCCCAAAUGCCAAGAAAAUAUUAUAAUAAUUAUUAUAAUAAUUGUAUGUAGAGGAGAAACUUAUAUGGAAGCUAAAUAAAGUCAAUUAGAAUCUGCAUAAAA